AUGUACCCGUUGCUGGUGCUGGGCUACCUGAGCCUGGCACAUGCUGCCAUAGUCCCUGGGCGUGCGUUCGACAGGUUCAUCACUAUCUGGCUCGAGAACCAGGAUUUUGCCAAGGUCAUCGCUGACCCCGAUUUCGUGGAUCUCAAGCGUUACGGAAUCCUUCACACGAGGUUCUACGCUGCCACCCACCCCUCGCAACCGAACUACGUCGCAGCAGUGGGGGGCGACUACUUCGGUCUCAACCAUGAUGAAGUCGUGCGCAUACCCUCCAAUGUUUCGACCUUGGUGGACUUGCUCGAUACCAGAGAUAUCAGCUGGGCUGGUUACUUCGAAGGCAACCCAGGCCCGGGCUACAUGGCGAGUGGAAGCGUAAACAUCAGCAAAGGAACAGCUGAGGGCAAUUGGGACUAUGUCAGAAAACAUAACCACUUUGUAUCCUACGACAGCAUCAACAUGAACGGCACCCGACUGGCGAGACUCCUGUCUUUCGAAGACUUCAAGCGCGAUCUGGCUGCCGGUACCGUACCGCAAUUUGUGGCCAUGUCCCCAGACAUGCUCAACGAUGGCCACAACACGACCCUGGACUAUGCGACAAAAUGGGCGCGUGAAUUCCUGCUGCCCCUGCUUUCUGAUUCAGCCUUUGCGGAGCGUACCGUGAUACAGCUAACCUACGACGAAGCUGACGACUACAAGAAGCCGAAUCAAAUCGUAUCCCUGCUGCUCGGCAAUGGUGUCCCAAAGAAUAAGGAGGGAUCGGAAGAUGACACCUUCUACAGUCACUAUUCCACAUUGUCCACUCUGCAGAAUAAUUGGGAGCUGCCCAAUUUGGGUAGAUUCGAUGUCGGGGCCAACGUUUACAAGCUUGUCGCCGACGUUACGGGGUACAGGAACAAGGAUCCUAAAGACGUGGCGAACGUCAACAACUCCAUCUCCUACAAGGGGUUUCUGAACAAUCAGUCCACAAUGCAUGUGCCGCUGUCCGCGCCGAAUAUCAAGCUGAUCGGCGCUGGGGGUUUGCCAAUACUGGAUGCCAUUCGAUAUAUGUGGCAAUCGCAUAGUAGCGAGAAAACUCCGUAUGACGGGACUGGCAACGGUCAGCUGUUUGACGGCGAUAAGCACUACCCCAUAUAUUAUCCGCAAGGGGGCGAUGAUGCUUAA